AUGACUCACGAGAACGAAAAGAAUGGCUCGGCGCCUGCCUUGUCAAACAAAACGGUGAUCGAGAAUAUUGUCAUUACUCCUGUCGCCUUCCACGACAUGCCCUUACUGAACAGCGUUGGUGUCCACGAACCCUUUGCACUGAGGAGUAUUGUCGAAGUCAUCAUUGGCAAUGGCACAUACGGCCUUGGGGAAUCAUAUGGCGACCUUGCCCAUCUGAAUCGGAUGCGAGAAGCAGCCACCAAGAUCAGAGGCUUGGAGGUCCACAAUACAAAUGCUGUUUACCAAGCUGUUGUAGACUCGCUCGCCUCGGACAGCAGCACCGGCGGGGAUGGCAUGAGCGGGAUGGUGACAGGAACGUCGACAGCCGCCAAGGUCUUCUCCCCGUUUGAGGUCGCCUGCCUCGAUGUCCAAGGCAAGCUGGCCGGUGUCCCCGUUUGCGACCUGCUAGGUGGGCGCGUGAGGGACCGCGUACAAUACUCUGCGUAUCUCUUCUAUAAGUGGGCUGGACAUCCGGGCCAGCCUGAUGAUGAGUACGGCCCAGCUCUCGAUCCCGCGGGGCUGAUUAAACAAGCCCACAAGAUAAUCAACGAGUAUGGCUUCAAGGCUGUAAAGCUAAAAGGCGGCGUGUUCCCCCCGAAAGACGAGGUGGAGGCCAUCAAGGCUCUGCGCGCCGAGUUCCCUGAUUUGCCACUGAGACUUGACCCCAACGCUGCAUGGACGGUCGAGACGUCCAAGUGGGUUGCGAGAGAGUUGGACGGGAUGCUCGAGUAUCUCGAGGACCCAGCCCCCGAGAUUGAGGGUAUGGCUGCCGUGGCCAAGGAGGCAAACAUGCCGCUCGCAACGAACAUGGCCGUUGUCUCAUUUGCUCAUCUCCCGCCCUCCAUCGCACAAGACGCAUGA